UUAAAAAAAUUCGUUCUUUCAAACUUUGUAAAACAAUUUUCAAAAUGGCAGCUCUCAGGAAAAACAUGCAAAGUUUCAGAAAAUUGAACAAUAUUUGCACAAGUUACUGCAGAACUAGUAUAGCCAGACAUCUUAAAACAAGUAACACAGUAUUUUCAAAAGGUGAUCCACUUGAGUAUUUCCUUAGAGGUGAUGUCGAGACAAUUCUACGUAGAAUCACAGGAUUUGAUCCAGAACGAACAUUCUUUCAUCAUAAAGUUAAAUAUGCUAACCGCCCCACAUACAAAGUCCUGACUGAUGAGGAACUGCAACAGGAGUAUCAGAAGGGAGAGGAAAUAAAGGAAAGACGACUCCAGAUGCCUCCUUUUAUGAAUUGCCGUGAAGAACCAGAUACAAUUAUAGCAGAUGAUCCAGACAUUGCGCCAGCAAUAGAUUCGAACUAUGUGUUUGUGGAUAUAUCUGAAGAUUAUGAAAGAAUAAAGGGUUAUUCACUUAGACCUGUAGUUAUUCGACAUGAGAACGGCCAGUUAAAGCCGGCAGAUUGGCAUACAUUUGACAGAGUAUCACAGAUUUACUUCCCAGUACCCGGAAGGGAAGUAUACCCGCCAAAAAUGUUUGAAGAGGAUAAUUUAGAACCAUUGCUUAAAGAAGAGAAUUAUUUGUACAUAUUGGAAAGGGCUUGUGUCCAGUUUGAACCAGACAGCAGUGAUUUUAUCAGGGUUACACACAGAAUUUACGAACAUAUUGCAGCACACCACUGUUUUGAUUGUUUGCGUUCAACAAGAUUUUUUGGGCCUAUGGCAUUCUAUUUUGCGUGGAUAAAUAAAAUAGAGCCCUUGUUAGCAGAGAUGAUUGGCAGGGAUCUACUGGUAGAUGCAAUUGACUUGAUCAACUUGAAGAGAAUUAUUCACAACCAGUCAAUAAAAGAAGGAGAUAUUCUCAAAAUUAUCAAGGAUUACUAUUUAGAAGACAGCAAUAAACACCAUAUAGAAGUACUGAGGGACGCAUUAAAUGACUUAGAAAAGAGGCUCGAAGCUAAAAUGCAGAAAAAGCAGGAAUCUUGCUGAUGUAACUCAAAGAAAAGCCGAGCAGAAUCUUUGAAACAUAGUAUUUGAUGGAAUCAUUUAAUAUGAAAAAAACAUGUCACAAGGGAAUAGUUUCUAGGAAAUAAGAUUAUAGUUAAUUAAUUCAGAAAAAGUUCAACUGCCUAGAAGUAUAUGGUUGUAAGUCUGUAGUAAGUUAUAAAGCUCUUAUGACUUUACAAUUCUCAAGCAUCAAAAUGUCAGAGUGAUACAUUAAAGCUCUUGUAAAAUGAUUUAUAAAAAAUGUUAUAGUGACAUAAUUCCUUAGUAACUAAGAAAUAUUUUAUUAAGGUUAAAGGUGAAAGUCUGUUGAAACAGGAAAUUGUAUAGUGAAAUAGACAUUCGAGCUGCGCCAUGAGAAAACCAAUAUAGUGGGUUUGCGACCAGCAUGGAUCCAGACCAGCUUGCGCAUCCACGCAGUCUGGUCAGGAUCCAUGCUGUUCGCUUUCAAUACCUAUUGCAAUUAGAGGAACUGUUGGCAAACAGCAUGGAUCCUGACCAGACUGCGCGGAUGCGUGGAUCCAUGCUGGUCGCAAACCCACUAUGUUGGUUUUCUCAUGGUACUGCUCAUUUGUUGUAAUAACAUUAUGAAAUUGUAUGAGACAAACAUGGUUUGGUCACAUAUGAGAAGAAAUACAUGUAACAGCAGAAUAAAAUCUCUAAUGAAUAGAUGAAAUAAUGUGAGAAUAAAAUCUCAUAAGAAAUACCGUUUUUAGCUCACCUGUCACAAAGUGACAAGGUGAGCUUUUGUGAUCGCGCAGUGUCCGUCGUCCGUCCGUGCGUCCGUCCGUAAACUUUUGCUUGUGACCACUCUAGAGGUCACAUUUUUCAUGGGAUCUUUAUGUAAAUUGGUCAGAAUGUUCAUCUUGAUGAUAUCUAGGUCAAGUUCGAAACUGGGUCACGUGCGGUCAAAAACUAGGUCAGUAGGUCUAAAAAUAGAAAAACCUUGUGACCACUCUAGAGGUCACAUUUUUCAUGGGAUCUUCAUGAAAGUUGGUCAGAAUGUUCAUCUUGAUGAUAUCUAGGUCAAGUUCGAAACUGGGUCACGUGCGGUCAAAAACUAGGUCAGUAGGUCUAAAAAUAGAAAAACCUUGUGACCACUCUAGAGGUCACAUUUUUCAUGGGAUCUUUAUGAAAGUUGGUCAGAAUGUUCAUCUUGAUGAUAUCUAGGUCAAGUUCGAAACUGGGUCACGUGCCGUCAAAAACUAGGUCAGUAGGUCUAAAAAUUGAAAAACCUUGUGACCUCUCUAGAGGCCAUAUAUUUCAAAAGAUCUUCAUGAAAAUUGGUCAGAACGUUCACCUUGAUGAUAUCUAGGUCAAGUUCGAAACUCGGUCACAUGCCGUCAAAAACUAGGUCAGUAGGUCAAAUAAUAGAAAAACCUUGUGACCUCUCUAAAGGCCGUAUUUUUCAUGGGAUCUGUAUGAAAAUUGGUCUGAAUGUUCAUCUUGAUGAUAUCUAGGUCAGGUUCGAAACUGGGUCACGUGCUGUCAAAAACUAGGUCAGUAAGUCUAAAAGUAGAAAAACCUUGUGACCUCUCUAGAGGCCAUAUAUUUCAUGACAUCUUCAUGAAAAUUGGUCAGAACAUUUACCUUGAUGAUAUCAAGGUUAAGUUCGAAAGUGGGUCACGUCCCAUCAAAAACUAGGUCAGUAGGUCAAAUAAUAGAAAAACCUUGUGACCACUCUAGAGGCCAUAUUUUUCAUGGGAUCUGUAUGAAAGUUAAUCUGAAUGUUCAUCUUGAUGAUAUCUAGGUCAAGUUUGAAAGUGGGUCAUGUGCCGUCAAAAACUAGGUCAGUAGGUCAAAUAAUAGAAAAACCUUGUGACCUCUCUAAAGGCCAUAUUUUUCAUUGGAUCUGUAUGAAAAUUGGUCUGAAUGUUCAUCUUGAUGAUAUCUAGGUCAAGUUCGAAACAGGGUCAUGUGCGGUCAAAAACUAGGUCAGUAGGUCUAAAAAUAGAAAAACCUUGUGACCUCUCUAGAGGCCAUACUUUUGAAUGGAUCUCCAUAAAAAUUGGCCAGAAUGUUCACCUUGAUGAUAUCUAGGAUAAGUUUGAAACUGGGUCACGUGCCAUAAAAAACUAGGUCAGUAGGUCAAAUAUUAAAAAACCUUGUGACCUCUCUAGAGGCCAUACUUUUCAUGGGAUCUGUAUGAAAGUUGGUCUGAAUGUUCAUCUUGAUGAUAUCUAGGUCAAGUUUGAAACUGAGUCAACUGCGGUCAAAAACUAGGUCAGUAGGUCUAAAAUCAUUAAAAUCUUUUGACCUCUCUAGAGGCCAUAUUUUUCAAUGGAUCUUCAUGAAAAUUGAUCUGAAUGUUCACCUUGAUGAUAUCUAGGUCAGUUUCGAAACGGGUCAUGUGCGGUCAAAAACUAGGCCAGUAGGUAUAAAAAUAGAAAAACCUUGUGACCUCUCUAGAGGCCAUAUUUUUCAUGAGAUCUUCAUGAAAAUUAGUGAGAAUGUUCACCUUGAUGAUAUCUAGGUAAAGUUCAAAACAGGGUCACGUACCUUCGAAAACUAGGUCAAUAGGUCAAAUAAUAGAAAAACCUAGAGACCAUAUUUUUCAAUGGAUCUUCAUGAAAAUUGGUCAGAAUUUUUAUCUUGAUAAUAUUUAGGUCAAGUUCAAAACUGGGUCACAUGAGCUCAAAAACUAGGUCACUAUGUCAAAUAAUAGAAAAAAACGACGUCAUACUCAAAACUGGGUCAUGUGGGAAGAGGUGAGCGAUUCAGGACCAUCAUGGUCCUCUUGUUUGACAAACUGAGCCAAUUUUGUGGAAAAGAGAAUGCUUGUUGAUCGAAGUUAAAACAUGUGCUGACUUUAAUUUUCUAGCCAGUUACCUCAGCAGGUUCGAGUUUCGCUCAGGUCAUUGUAUGAGGCAGCCGUCUGGCUCGCUAAUGGAAGUUUGCUGGUAGUACCCAGAGGCUUGUCUGUGCCCAAAAUAAUACCCGGAGGGGCCACUCAGCUGGAUCUCUCUGUACCAUCAAAUCUGGAAGUCACAAAAUGACUUGAACUGUGUUCAUGUUAACCUUUAGCCUGCUAAAUUUCUCAAAUGGACUGGUCCAUCAUUCAAUGUGUGCAAUACCAUUUAUUAUUUGAAGGGUAUUCACUGAAAAUUUACUGAAUAGCGAACAAUGCAGACAUGAACAGGCUGAUCUUGGUCUUCACUGAUAGCAAAGGUAGAAUCAAUUGAUGCAAGCAGGCUAAAGGUUAAACAAAGUUAUCAGUCAAAUAUUUAAGCAUCUAUUAUUCUAGUACUUAUUUUCUAGAGUACUUUAUAAAGUUAAAUGUUGAUUUAUAUAUAAAGGAAAAUGUAAUAAUGUCUCUGUGUUAUACAUUAAUGAAAAUAUGGAUAGAAAUAAAAUGGAAGUAUAAAAAAUCUGAUUGUUUUAUGAAUUAAAAAUCAAAUUGAAAUUUGAAUGAAAAAA